AUCCUUCCUUCGGGUGGGGAAAAUGCAAAUGACGGUUAUUAAAAUUCCAGGAAAAGGUCUAUAUUCGCCCCACCCACUUAAGAUUAAUUGAGAGCACUUAAGGUGACAUUAAGCUGAGCCCAAAAAUAAAAGACCGAAAAGUAAAUUAAAAAAAAAUAAAUGAUGGCAAAAGGCUAUUUCACUCGAUUUCGGCUAGACGCAGCGAUAAAAUUGGAAAGCAGAUUUACUUGUUGAGUUCCACCGUAAUUGAAUUACCCGCGGUAUAAAAUGCGCACGAAAUGGGUUUCGACAUUUUGCUCCCAAAGGGCAAACAAAGGCUUUCGAACCAAAAAUUAAUUUCACUUGGGUGUAUUUACUGGAAGUUUUUUUUUUUUGCCAACUUUUUGGGACUAAAUACACAAAUUAAAUAGCAAUUUAAUAGAUUUUUGUGGGGCUUGCCUUGGUGGAAUAUUAACUUUGGUUUUAAGCCCUAUUCUUUUGGGGUAGAUGUCAACAAAAAUCCGUCACAGCUUUUCCAUAUUCAUAAGCCUGACGGUCAGAUAAAGACAUGCUUUUGUGAAUGUCCAGUCAGGCGUUUGAAUGUAAAAUUAAAAUGAAAUAACUAAAUGACAAAAUAACUAGUAAACAAAGAGAGCUAACCACUAUGUCAAACUCCACCCUUUCACUUUCAGCCUGAGGGCAUUUCUUGUUUUGGGUAUUUAUUUGUUAAUACGAUAUUUACGCCCCCUAAAUGGAAAUGGGGAAAUUUCCAAUCAAAACAACAUACAUAGCUUGCGUUAGUGGUAACCGUAUCACGUAGCCUGUUAACGGAAGAAAUAAAUAUUUCAGGCACAAUUUCGGGGGGCGGCAACGGCAUCCACUUAGCGUGACCCGCGUUCUUUAAUUUUUUUUUUUCCCAGUUGCUCAAGUAUAUAAGUUGAAGCGGAAAUCGAAGCUGGUUGAAAACACAACAUGGACUCCAGCUACUUUGCCGUUCAGAAGAGAGCUCUGGAAAUCGUCGGAUUUGAUCCAAGUUCGCCACAUCUCAGACUGAAACAUCCCAUUUGGGCAGGGAUACUCGUCUUAUCCCUGGUUUCACACAAUUGGCCCAUGGUGGUGUACGCGCUGCAGGAUCUAUCGGAUUUAACCCGCCUCACGGACAACCUUGCCGUGUUUAUGCAGGGAUCGCAGAGUACCUUCAAGUUUCUGGCCAUUGUGGCGAAACGAAGGCGCAUCGGCUCUUUAAUUCACCGAUUACACAGGCUAAAUCAGCAGGCCAAUGCCACUCCCAAUCAAAGGGAAAAGAUUGAGAGGGAAAACCAACUGGAUGGGUAUGUCUCAAGAUCCUUUAGAAAUGCUGCCUACGGAGUGAUUUGGGCCUCAGCCAUAGCCCCCAUGUUGAUUGGACUCUUGGGAUAUAUAAGAACGGGACAAUUCACGCCGACAACACCCAUGGAAUUCAAUUUCUGGCUCGAUGAACGGAAACCCCAAUUUUAUUGGCCCAUCUACGUUUGGGGCGUUUUGGGUGUGGCAGCUGCCGCCUGGUUGGCCAUUGCCGCAGACACUCUAUUCUCGUGGCUGGUUCACAACGUGGUGGUUCAGUUUCAGCUCCUCGAGUUGCACCUUGAAAAGCGGGAUCAUAAUCAAGAUGACUUGCACCUUAGUGAAUGCAUCCAUCGCCAUCGUUUGGCUCUUGAACUAGGAGAGGAAUUAAGUUCGAUUUUUGCCGAGAUCGUUUUCGUGAAAUACAUGCUAAGUUACUUGCAACUCUGCAUGUUGGCCUUUCGUUUUAGCGAGAGUGGUUGGAGUGCCCAAGUGCCAUUUAGAGCCGCAUUUCUAGUUGCUAUUAUCAUUCAACUCAGUUCCUACUGUUAUGGUGGCGAGCAUCUCAAGCAGCAAAGUUUAGGUAUUGCCCAGGCGGUCUAUAGUAAUUGCAAUUGGCCAGAAUUGCCACCCAAAAAACGAAGACUGUGGCAGAUGAUGAUCAUGAGGGCUCAGCGACCCAUCAAGAUUAAUGCAUACAUGUUCGAUGUGGAUCUACCACUGCUACUUUGGGUAAGUUUCUUAUUUUGAAUGUAAAAUUUGUUUUUAAUACAUUAUAUCUGACAGGUCACCAAAACGGCAGGAUCAUUUUUGGCAUUGCUCAGAACUUUUGAGCGUUAGUUUUAUAUCAAAACAUCUAAGCCUGUGUUCAACAUUAUAUGCAAAUGUUUUCUCCUUAAAAUUUACAUUUAUAAUGUUAGAGGGUACCAAAGAAAUCACUAGGGUUUUGAAAUAAUUCAUAAAGGUGCUUAAAAGUAAGCAAGAGAAAGAAAUAAUUAAAUAAUUCAAUAAAAAUUUAAAAUAUUGAAAGCUUUGUUCUUGCGAGCUGUAUUUUCAACAGUGUGUUAAAUUGAUCCUCUUGUUUGCAUGAAAUUCUGAACUAGCUUUAAUAAAUACUUCUGAAUAAUUUACGAUACAUUCUUUGAUUAGAAAAAGUUUUGCAGCCAAAACUUAAAGUGGGAUGCAUUGUAUAACUCUAGAUCUAAACCCUAAUUAGUUGGCACUUGAUUUUGGCAGUAUCCUUGUAUGUUUUUGACAGCGGCUACAGUUAAAUGGCGUGCGGAAUCUUUUGCCGGAUGCAGUAAGCACAUGCACAUACAUGCCACAGGGCGAUGCCACUGCAGGCGGAGGAUAUGAAAUUCAUGAGCGAAUUCCACAAAGGCAGCGGGCAGAACCAACAGCUCAUGUGGGCGGGCAGGGAUAAAUAUAGUAGUACUAUAUGUAUGUAUAUCCCAGGUAGCCAGAGUCGGAAUUUGUUAACUGAAAGUAUGCAGCAGUAAAGCAGCAGUGUUCAGGUGGAGAACAAGUUGCUGGAAAAAUAGCUUCUCGAACUAUGUGAGCACCAUUCUGUUUGCCAGCCAAUGGCUUCGGGCCCUUUUUCGACUCAGCCGGUUCUUGAGCUAGUUUCGGGGUUCAGGAGAUCAGGUGGAAUGCGGUCUUAAAGCCCCUAUAGCUUGUCCUGCCCCUGCCCCUUAUCCCUGAUCCGUUGUGGAUUGCGGAAUGUUGUCUGUUACGGAAUUUUCGGGCUUGCUACUGUCGAGAUUUGAAUUCAGUUGGAGAGAUGCUAAGUCGCUUGGACGGAAUUUGUUUUAUUAAAUUUUGCAACUCGGUAUUUUGCACAUCCAAUGGACUCGCUCCGAAGUUACUAUGACAAAUUGUGCGGGCGGGGAGGCAGGCAAAAGCCCACUCACAGGCACCUUGGAUUAUGUUACAAAUUACACUAACGCCAUUGCGGGGAUAAUUAAUUUUUGUCUCUGACAUUUGAUUUAUUGGUCUGCGGUGGGCAGCAUCUUUGGCUUGGCUCCGAAAAACAAAUGAGCAACGAUUAAUAAACGGAAAUCGCUCGCUUGUGGCCAUUACGCACCUGCGGCAUAAGCAACAAAAUCGGGCAUCAACCUGGAAUAGCAGCCAUCGCAUAACUUUACAGCAAAUUGUGGUUGAGAUAAGAGGGCCAAGCACAAGCACAAGUUGCAAGUAGUAGUGGCGAAAAAAAAACAGCAUUUUAUGUGUAUUAAAAAUGGGAACAAAAACGACCAGGAGCGGAGCACAGAUUUUGUUUGCGGUUCGUUGAGCACACAAUAAUUCCAUCAGCAGCAACAGGAGAAGUAGAAAAAGUGGGUGUGGCUAACGGGCGGGAAAUGCCGGGGGGCGAGAGAUAAAAGUGCUGGCAGCACUUUCGCUGCACAGCUUUUUUUGCCGUUGCCGUCGUUUAUUGUGUGGUCAGUACUACAGGGCGAAUGGUUAAUAAUCGAACAAACAAGCCCUUAAAGCUGUCGACCAGUUGGCAAACAUUUAUUCAACAUAAAUUGGUAUUAAAAAUUACAAAUUCAAAUAAUAUUCCUAUUGUCACAAUAAAAAGUAGGCAACAAAUAAGAUUUCCUAAAGAAUUUUGCCCCAGGGUGUAUGGCUAAUAAUCAAUAAAAAAAAACGUUUGACUACAUGACACUUGACAGUAAUUUAUUCCAAUUCUAUUUACAUUCCAAUUUCAGUUAACUAUUCAAAUGGAAAUUAAAUAUUCAUAUGCAUUUACGGUAGUUCCGCCAUUUUGCCCCGGAGUGUAGGCAACAAAAAAUUACCGCGAAUACUACUUGAAUGCGUAUGCGUAUAAUCGAGCCACUUUGUAAAGCUUAACAUUUGUAUUUUUAAAUUUAAAAAUUAAAUAAAAAUUAAUAUAAUCCACAAAGCAAAAAAAUUAAGUAGCCUACUGAAUUAUCAAAUAAACAGUUUUUUCAUUUUUCUGGUUAAUAAAUAAUCAAUUCUACAUUUAGACGGCAAAUGUGAAUUUAACCCAUUAAAGUUCUACAAGCGGAAGAUUAACCAAACCUUUACUCAAUUUACCCAAAAUGGAAAUUCGAAAUACAAAUGCAAAUUUAAAUGCACACAUCCAACCGCCUCAACUGUAAUUCCGCUUCUUGGGGUCACGGAAAGAAGGAAGUAAAAAAGUGUCCCGCUUUAAUCGGGUCUGUGUUUGCCAAAGCUAUAUUUCCAUCAGUAUAUAUAACAUAUUUUUCGGUUAAGCAUACAAGGCUGCUGUGCACGGCCGUGCUGAAACUUUUCUAAUUAAAAUUGUGCGGCUUGUUGGAAGGUUUAUAACAGAAAAAGGGUAGUUAAGGGGGCGAAAAUAGGCACUUUUAAUAGAAAUUACAUUAAUUAAUUUUUAAAAUAUGCUUAAAUACACAUUUCUAUGCAUUAAUUAAUACGGCCUGACACACAUACAAAGAGUAAACAAUGGAACGUGACUGGAACUAACAACAAAUGUGCGCCAACAUCGGAUGCCUGGUCCUAAACGGGGAUUUGGCUAAUUAAAAUACUCUUCCACUUAAUUUGUUGUUUAUUUGGCUAAAUCGGAAUUUAAUUGCUGGCUAAAGUGUAGCGAAUUCUGUAUGAAAUUUGACAAGAACAUGGACCACAACAGCGUCUGUGAUUACAAUGUUUUAUUGACUGUUUUUUUCCACAUAAUUGCCAGCGUUUUGGACGUUGUCCAAAUCGACUUGUUUUCCCCUCGAGACAAACUCUUGAAUCGGCUAACCCCCCAUCGGUUAUCUCUGUCGCUGCUUUCGCCUGUUCGACUUAGUUUGGUAACUUGAUUUACGCCACCCCGAUUCUAACCCAUUUUUAUGGGACUUUGUAUGACCCAUUUGAACAUUCGGCUGCAGUGGGUCCCUUGCGUCGAUGCCACGGCAUGCAUGACAAGCACUUAUGCAAAUUAUAUGGCGUACUUAUGUGCGGGCAAAGGAUUCGACUUUAUUUGUCGGAAUUUCAAUGGGAGUAGCAAGUUUCGCAUAAAGCAAAAUUAAAAUAAAACAUAAAAAUGUAAGACAAAUUUCAAUGAGUGUAAGCGCGUUGAAGCGAAUAUUGCUCAUAACAUUUUGGUGAGAAUUCAGCUGAAUUGGAAUCGACAAAAAUAUAACUUGAAGUCUUUAAACUUAAAUGAAAAUUUAGAGCAUUAUUUAGUUAAACAUUGUAACCUAUAUUAGCCCCUUAAAUUUUAGUAAAUGUUUAAUUUUAAAAUGUUCAUGAAAACUGAUUUAAAUACUUUUGUUUUGGGCCCAAUCUACUUAAAGUAAAGUAAUAAAGACAACACUAAAUUUAUUAAAUAACUGAUAAUAUUACAGACCCACUACCUGAGCACUGGGUAAAUUAAUUUUUUAAACACUAAAUUAUCAUUCAGACUGAAUGUUAAAUAAAAAUUAACAGACGCAUACAUUCCUUUUAUUGUUUGAAAUUAAAAGUCCCUCAUAUUUCGGCAGAGUGCAGUUUUAACACACAUGAAAUCAAUCAACAUAUUUGCACACGUUAAAGAAAUUUCUGCACUCAAAAGCAGUUCAAAAUGAAAUUUCAUCAAGUGGAGAGUCCGAGUAAAUGGUAAUUAAAAAACCAAAAAUAUUUUCAUCUUCUGACUGAUAUGCCAAUAAAUAAUCACCACAUAAUUAUCAUUACUUCCCAGGCCCAAUCAUAUUUAAAAUAAUUGAUGCUGCGGUAGAGGCCACCCAAAAUGCAAUUACUUUAUGCAUAAUUAAAUUAUAAUUCAUUAGACAUGAGCCAAGGGGCCAGGACGCGUCUAAAUUACAGCAAUUAAAUAUUACCGAUGCCAAAAAACAUUUUCGAUUCACAAUCAAAUGAGAAUAAAUCAAUAGGCUUAAAAUAUAUUACUUUAUGGGUGGGAACACCCAUUUGUAAACACAUAUUCGUGAUUAAAAGCGAAUUUCGAUAUGGGGUCUUGACUCGACUCAAUUCUGUGAAUCCUGGCGGACUUAAGUGAUACACGGAUAAAAAUGGCUUUGUGAUUAUACUACAUAAAGGCGGAGAGUUUAGGCAAGAUUGCAGAGUGAAAGCUGAUGAUAUGGAAAUUACAAAUGCCAUUGUUUGUGCAAAAAGUCAGACAAUGUGAAAUUGUUUAGAAGCAACACGCGACAAGAAAAACGCAGAGCAAUGGGCGAAAAAUAUUUGAAAAAUGACUUUUCUUCUAUAAUGAUUAUUUUGCUCAGAUGAGGAAUGCGAAUGAGUCUGCGAUUUUCUUGUUGCAAUGUCGCAUGAGUUUGUGAUUUCUUUUUGUGUGUGUGUUUCUUAUUGGCAGUGGAUUUGAAAGUGUGUAAUGUGAAUUCAAUUAUUUUGCAAAUCGUUCUUUUUCUCUUGUGUACAUUACAAUUUUGGGAUCCACUCCGGGCUUGGGGUUUGCCUUCGUUGACUUCAUUUUUCUGUGUACUGUGUACUGUGUGCCCGUCUCUUUCUUUGCGCAACGGCCUUUCUCUUUCUUAGCCGUCUCCUCGAUUUACGGAAUAUUUUUAAUUUUUGCGGUCGGAUAAUGCUGUUGUUUUGCUUUCAGUUUUUUUUUUUGUGUUUGCUUACUGUUUUAAUUAUUUUGCCUCAUUUGAUUUGCCUUCCUUUUUUUUUAAUUAAAUUCUUUUGACCAUAGUUUAUUUAUUUAAUGCAUUUUAUGGGCGAAUUUCAGCAUUCAAUUUCCUCGCGCUUGUUUGCUUUUCUUUGCUGGCGAAACCUUUUUUUAAUAAUUUGUUUUACAAAAAUGUUUGCGGCUGGUUUUCUUUUUCCGUUGGUGUUUUCAAUUGUAUUGAUAAUCGGUUUUUUUUGUAUUUGUUAUUUACUAAUAAAAUGCAUGUAAGUCAGUCCGUCGUUUCAACAUUUUUUCAUGUCUUGUAUAUUUUGUUUGUUUGCUGUAAUGUAAUAUAACCAUAUGAGCACUUUAGUUCGAAACUGGAUAUUUGCGCCACAAAUAUUCUGCCAGUCAGCCGAAGGCAAGUAAUUGUACAGCAAUUAUCGUGUGAAGUUGUUGCAGCUAGCAGUUUGGCAAGGGGCCGAUUGCAAUGAGUGUUGCUCAUGCUGCAACUGGGGAGAACAGGAACAACAAGUGCAUACUGAGGACGGCCGCACCCACCGAACUGCCACGCCUAUUUCGCCACGACAAUUCCGCUAACCACUUGCACUUGGCUCCCACUCCCAUUCACGCACUUGCUGCUCGAAGUUAUACACUAAACUGGAAGCUUAAGUUGUGGUUUCUAUAUACUUUCUACUUUUAUUUAUUUAUUUUUUUGAUUUUGUUUCUAUUUUGAUUUUUGAAUAUUGUGUUGAAUAUUUUUUGAAUAUUUCUUUAGCCCGAUUUCGAAACGUUCCAAGUCCAAGGCGUGCACAGCGCUCGGCGCUCAGAGGAAAAGACAACUUGAUCACAGCAUGGAAAAUGUUCAACUGACCGAGUGGCUAGCCUGUAGACCAGCAGAGAAGCUGCGGCUUUAUCAGCUCGUGGCUAAAAGCGCUCGGCCAGCAAUCAGUUCGGCUCGGAAGGUUUCGUCCUUUCGUCCUCGGCACGCAUGAUUCGCAUACGCGCUUCGUGACUCGUGUUCGUGCUCGCGUUCGCGUUCGUGUCCUGUGCUCGCGAAGCAACAUGUUGGACACAUCCUUGGCUCCUUGGCUCCUGUUGGCCCUCAAAAAUCUCAAAAUUCGAGUGCAACUCACUCGUCCUGUGUCGUCACGUGUUGCUUUCGCUGGCAUUGAGACAGAGCUUGGAGUGAAAGCUGCAUUUGUUUUCCUCGCCUACGCCCAAUGAGUAGGUCUCUCUGGGGUUCGCUACUGAUAUACUGAUAUACUGAUACUGAUACACUGUUACACCAUACGCCAUACGCCAUACAGCAGGCAAGCUUCCAUCCCGAUGACGAUGAUGAGGUGCGUCCUCGUUCCCGAACACUGGAUAUCCUUCGCAGCGGAAAUUAUAUAUGACGAGAUAUGUACAGUUCAUAUUACUUUGCCAUCGAACAAAGGGAAAGCGCCUUGCUUUGCUUAUCAGAAUUUUGAAUUUUCAUUUGCAUUUGGUAAUUGCAGACCGAUGAAAGAAGAGUUUACAUGUUUGAAAUUAUUAUUAAAUAGAAAUCAAUCUGUAAACUUCAUCUUGCCCUUAAAUGGCUUGCAAUUGGGACGAACAAAUACCGAUAUAUGAUAAUAGUUUAUUACAAAUAAACCUUUUUUCUUAUUCCAAAAAAAUGAAACAAAGUAUUACAUAUUGAAAAACAGAUAAAACUCGGUUCAAUCCAAUUGGAAAAUAAAUAUAUAAUAGUCCAGUAGUCUGUUUUAAAAUAAAAUCGGAAAAAAUUAUUGUUAUUGUAGCUUGAAUAUAAAGAUUCCUUUAAGGUUACUACUCUAAACCUCUAAACUGAUGAUGACUUGGCUUACUCAAAAAACAGUAUAGUUUUUUUUUUAAAUUCCUGGACAAUGCGAUUUGUAAUGUAAUAUGCUCUAUACAUUUAGUGGGUUGCUUGACAAUAAGUUUAUAAAUUAAGGAUAUGAAUAUUUAUAUUUUAGAGACUGGGCAUUGUUAUGUUGAUGAGUCCCAAAACCAUGUACCUUUAUUUAAAAUAAACCAUGAAGUAUGGCGAAUUUCAGUGUGCCUUUCUUCCUGAGCAACCAACUCCCCUUCUACAAAUGACUAUAAUCUUGACUGAUAGCGAUAGCAUAACUUUUUCGGUUAUUCUCCGAGGUGCAUUCACACAUGGCUGCGUUAUAUUUGCAAAAGUAGAGCCGACUUAGAAGGUGUUUUCCGGCGAUGGAACGUGGUAAAAGGACUACGGAGACUUUGAACAGAAGGUUAGCUGCAUCCAGACUCUGGCCGCCAUAAUGCAAUUAUGCAGUGCCUGGCGGCACAGCUCCUUUGGUACGAGUAAUAAGCAUUUGCAUUUUCACAAAAUGUAGAACACAAGUCGCUGUAAGAAGUUGCCGCUUUGCUGGUCUCCAGCAUCCCUUUUUUCGCCUCCUAACCCCUUCCUCAUCAGAUGAAACGGACCUACGGCCAUGUUCGCGUGGCAAGAGUUUCAUGCUCAUAAUUUGUGCACUUUAUUAAUAAAGUUUGCCAACUCGGCUUGGCCCAGACAGAGUGGAAAUACACAAAGCCGGGGUAGAGAUGAAUAUAAAAAUGUUAUAACAAUUUUAAAACAAUAAAGCCCCAAGAGCUUAUGUAAAACAUACCACGUUUUUAAGUCACAUAAACUUAACCGCGGGCCUGUAAGUGUGAGCUCAAAUAUUUUUGAUUGAUGAGGGAAUUUUAAAGGCAAUGUAUUCUGUAUUGGAA